GGUCUCAGUCUGUUCAGUGUAUAUAAAAGCCCCAGGCCCAGGAGCUCCUCUCACUCUGCCUCUGUCCACCAUGAAGCCCUGUGUUCUGUUGUUGCUGGUGUUUUUGGGCUCCUCCUGGGGGGCCCCCGUGGAGCAGGAGGGCCCCGAGCAGGCGUCCUGUACUGACCCCGUGGUGCUGGGAGCUGCCAGACAGGCCAUGGACAAAAUCAACAAGGACCGAAAGGAGGGAUAUGUGUACAGCCUGCGCGACCUAGCCAACGCCCACAUCCAGAAACAUGGGGAGAACAGCAUUUUGUUCUAUCUGACCAUGAACGUCCUGGAGACCAACUGCAGCGUCCUCAGUAAAGCUGACUAUAAGGACUGUGAAGUACGAGACAUCGCCUCAACUCCGGUCUAUGGACAGUGCAAAGUGGCCAUGUUCAUCAGCAGAGUGCACCGAGUGGUGAGGCUGUACAAGUACAACUGUGUGGUCAGACCAGUGUCUGCAGAGAAAGUGCAUGAGAUUUGCCCUGACUGUCCCUCACAUAUUGACAAGGACAAUGAGGAAAUCCAAAAGACGGUCUCUAAAAGUCUGGAGAAGUUCAACAGUGAGAGUGGACUGGCCCAUCACUUCUCACUGCUGCAAGUCACAAGAGCCACCGCAGGGUAUGGAAUGGGUAUGAUGUACAAUGCAGAGUACACCAUCCAGGAGACGAGCUGUCCCAACACCGCAGACAGGCCCGCAGACUGCCCCCCUCUGGACUGUGAGUUUGCUCACAAAGGCUUCUGCAAAGGCUUUCACAUGCAUCAUCCCAAUCCCGCUGGUGAGGAGUUUCUGAGUGUGGAGUGUCACAUCUAUGAGCCUGAGGCAUCAGAGAGGGAGAAGAAGCUGCAUCUGCUCGGUGGAGAGACGGACCACAGUCAUAACGACACUCACGUGCAGGAGCAGGGCCACGAUCACGUGCACGACCACACCAAGGGCCACGGUCACCAUGACGACACACACAAACACACAGACAGCGACCAGCACCACCACUCGCACGACCACGGCGGACACAGGCAUGCUCAUGACCACUCCCAUGACCACGGGCACGGCCACGAUCACGUGCACGCCCACCACGACAAGGCGCACGACCACACCAAGGACCACCCCAACCAGCACCACAAGAGUACAACACACGCCACCAACGUGUCCACCCACCAGCACGACCACGAGAUGGCGCUAGACCACGACCACAAGCACCACGCUCACCUGCAUGAGCACGAGCACCACCAUCACCACCACGGCCACGUGCACGAGAGCACCCCGCACGAUCACCCAGAGGGCAUGUGGAGGCAGAUCCCUCCCCUGGGCGCGCCCGUCACUCUGCCCGCCUUCCCCGAUGUCCCAGCGGCCGGCCCCGAGGUGGGAGUCACCCUGCCCCUCAAACCUGACCCCCAGAUCCCAGAACAGGUGGAGCCCACCAUCGGGCCCUUCCCCACCAAAGUGUCUGCUCAGUGCCCCCCUCCCCUCCUCGCAGCCACCAUUGUGGAUCAAUUAUUUCUAGAAGAUCCUGAAUUUAAAGCAGCAGCAUAAGUUUGAGCUGAAGUUAUGGUGAAUGUGUAUUUUCAUUUUUCUUAAAACUCCCAUUAAAAGACAGUAU